AUGUGGGCGCGAAUGAAUCAAGCAGCUGAGGAGUUGUACGCUCGCCUACUGCAGGGAUUAAAUGAAGAAAAGAAAGGACUCUGCAAAGACCCAUUUAUCUAUGAGACUGAUGUCCACGUGCAGUUGAUCAGCACAGGUCAACUAAACCCUCUGAAGAAUAUUUUAAAUGAAAAUGACGUGAUAUUCAUCAUGGAAAAAGUGCCUUUAGAAAAGGAAGAAACAAGUUGUAUUGAAGAAACACAGUCUGAAGAAACAGCUAUUUCUGAUUUAUCUACUGGUGAAAAUGCUGGACCACUUGCUUUAUCAGUUGGGAGAGCAAGGCAGUUAAUUGGACUUUACACUCUGGCUCACAAUCCUAAUAUGACCCAUUUGAAGAUUAGUCGGCCAGUUACUGCCCUGCCUCCCCUUUGGAUAAGAUGCGACAGUUCAGAUCCUGAAAGUACCUGUUGGCUAGGAGCUGAACUCAUCACAACUAACAACAGCGUUACAGGCGUUGUCUUGUAUGUGGUCACUUGUAAAGCUGAUAAACAUUAUUCUGUACAUCUUGAAGACCUAAAAAAUGCACACAAGAAAAGACAUCAUUUGUCUACUGUAACAACCAGGGGCUUUGCCCAGUAUGAGCUCUUCAAGUCUACUUCCUUGGAUGAUACAACCUCCGUGUCACAAACUACAAUCACUUUGGAUAUUUCCUGGAGUCCUGUGGAUGAAAUUCUUGAAAUCCCUCCACUCUCUUCAACAGCAACUCUGAAUAUUAAAGUGGAAUCUGGAGAGUCAAGAAGUCCUUUGAAUAAUCUUCACAGACAACUGAAAUUUCUUCUUGUCUUGGCUGAUGGUUUGAGGACUGGUGUAUCUGAGUGGCCUGAGCCUCUAGAAGUGAAAUCUGCUAUUGAACUUGUGCAGGAACUUUUAAAUGACUUAAAUAAAAUGGAUGGAUUUGGUGAUUCUACAAAAAAAGACACAGAGGUAAGUGAUUUGAAACAUGACACUGCUGCAGUUCAGCAUUCCAUUGAGAGUGUUUUCACAGCACGGGGAGACCUCGAUUUUGCUGAGCAGCUGUGGUGCAGAAUGAGCAGUAGCGUGGUUUCAUACCAAGACUUGGUGAAGUGUUUUACAUUGAUUAUCCAGAGUCUACAACGUGGUGACAUACAACCAUGGCUCCAUAGUGGGAGUAGCAGUUUACUGAGUAAGCUAAUUCAUCAGUCUUAUCACGGAACCAUGGACACAGUUUCUCUCAGUGGGACUACUCCAGUUCAAAUGCUUUUGGAAAUUGGUUUGGACAAACUCAAGAAAGAUUAUAUCAGUUUUUUCCUAGGCCAGGAACUUGCAUCUUUGAAUCAUUUGGAAUACUUUAUUUCUCCAUCAGUAGACAUACAGGAACAGGUUUAUCGUGUUCAAAAGCUCCACCAUAUUCUAGAAAUACUAGUCAGUUGCAUGCUUUUCAUUAAACCCCAACAUGAGCUCCUCUUCUCUUUAACACAGUCUUGUGUAAAACAUUAUAAACAAAAUCCUCUUAAUGAGAAACACAUUUUUCAGCUGCCGGUCAGACCAAUUGCUAUGAAAAAUUUGUAUCAAAGUGAGAAGCCACAAAAAUGGAGCGUGGAAAUAAACAGUGGUCAAAAGAAAGUUAAAACGGUUUGGCAACUGAGUGAUUGCCCACCUGUAGACCAUCUGAAUUUUCACAAACAUGAUUUUUCUGAAUUAACACUAAAUGGUAGCCUGGAAGAAAAAACCUAUUUUACUAACAUGGUUACCUGUAGUCAGGUGCACUUCAGAUAA